UUAUACCUACGAGUGAAAUAAGACGAAGACGUCAAAAUGUUGAAGGUACACCCAUCAAGUUAGAUCUAACACAAGGUCAGAAUUCUUCAACACUUAUAGAAUGGAACAUGUCACUAAUAUUAGACCUCCCAGUCCUCCGACUGCUGAAGCUAGGGGAAGCGUCAAGAUGAGCCAACUUGAAAUAUUUGGGCAUCCUCAUUACGAAAACUCCUGGAGAUCUUCAAUUCGCAACUUCCAACAAAGGGUGCGAUUGUCGCCACUUAAAGAAGUGAAAGAAGCCACAAUUCCUAUCAAAUUUUCUGAAAUAAAUAACCUGCAUUUUGAGGACUUGCCAAACUUAAGGAGUAUAUCUUCUGGUGACACUGUGGAAUUGCCAUCUUUGGAGCAUGUGAUUGUGAACCAUUGCCCCAUCUUAAAGAAGUUUGGUAUGGGAACAAUAAAACACUCACAGUUAAAGUCACUCAUCUUAGACGCUCAAGUUCAAGUUGAAGACGACAUUGAUACAAAGAUUGCCCAUAUUUUUGAAUUCUUGCUGUCAUUGGAUAAAUUAAGGGAACUUUAUAUAAUAAAUAAGGAUGUUAAGAAGCUCUUCCACUACAAUUGCCCUUCCAAAUCAUUUUGUGAAUUGGAAAAUUUGACAUUGAGCAACAACAAAGUGUUGAGUUCCAUUUCUUCUAGCAUGAUCAGGCAAUUAAUCAAUCUGAAAAAACUGACUUUAGACAAAUGUGAGUUACUGAUUGAGGUAUUUAACCCUGAAGAUGACAAACCAAAUUAUAAUAUCCAAAAAGUGUUUCCUCAACUCAAGGCAUUAACAUUGAGUAACUUAAGCAGAUUGAAAUGUUUAUGGAACAAGGAACCUCAAGUUCCAUUUUUCUCCAAUUUGGUAUCUCUUUACAUUGUCCAUUGUGGUAUUCUCAAAAGUUUAUUCUCACUUUCUUCUGUCAAAAAUCUUGGAAAACUCAAAUUACUCAAAUUGCACAGUUGUGAGAAAAUUAAAGAGGUAAUUACCAAUGAAAAUCAUGAAAAUGUGUCUAUCAUUUUCCCUUUGAUGGAAUGUCUUGUACUCAAAGAUCUUCCAAAGUUAGUCAACUUUUGUCAACAAAAUGAAACUUUGAAUUGGCCUAACUUACAAAUAGUGAGGGCAAUAAAUAUUCCAAGUAUGGAAACAUUUUCAAGUGGUAAUCUCAACACGCCAUUGUUGAGAUCAGUUCAUAUAACAUUUUCUAAGAAAAUUUGGCUCGGAAGUUUGAAUAAUACCAUAUCAUAUAUGCACAAAAAUCCAGAUCAUAUCUUGAGCCUCUGAAUUUGAAAUUUGAUGUUCUUGCUGUCCUUGGAAGGCUAAGAUAGAGAUCUACAAAAGUGUCACUCACAAGCCAAAGCUAAUUUUGACAGUUUAAGGCCCAAGAAUGCAUUUCAAGCUUUUGCCUCUACACCUGAGUGGGAAUUCUCAUUAAGAGUAAAACUUAGAAGUUUAA